CACUGUGGGCACCUGGGUUCAAAGCCCAGUCCCCCCACCAUUUCACUGGGUAGGCAGCUCCCAAAUGUCAGGACAGGGCUGCGUGCACAUGGUUGCCGUUGCCCUGGGUAAACUGAGGCACGUGGGCAUCCCAGCCAACUCCUCUGGGCCGGAGUGGUCAGAUUUAGCAAAAAUACAGUACUCCCAGCAAACUUUGAAUGUCGGAUAAACAAAGACUAACUUUGUACGUAAGUACAUCCUGUGCUUAUAUUUGGGAUAUACUUAUGCUAAAAAAAAAAAAAGCUUAUCUGACGUUCCAGUUUAAUUGUGCAUCCUGAGUUUGAUCCGGGGACCCUCCUGGAGCCAGCCCCGCCCCUUGCACACAUCCUCUCCCCCCUGUUCUCCCAUCACCCCCUCGUCCCCCACGUCCCAGGAUGGGCAGAGAGGAAGCGGGGGCACCAGGCCCCCCCACGGGCAACUGCAACGGCCUUGGGGCAUGGGGGCUAUAAGAGGGGCAGGUGGGCACAAAGGGCAGAGACGCCAGAGCUCCCGCCCAACCAUGAUCCAAAGCUGCAGACCCUCCAGCCCUGCCCUGGCCGCUGUCCUGUUGGCCGUGCUGCUGGGUGGCCCCGCGCUGGCCUCGGAGAUCGUGGGGGGCCGGCCGGCCAGGCCGCACGCGUGGCCCUUCAUGGCGUCCCUGCAGAGGCGCGGACGCCACUUCUGCGGCGGCACCCUGAUCGCGCGGAACUUCGUGCUGUCGGCCGCGCACUGUCUGAACGGCAUGAACCACCGGUCGGUGCGCGUGGUGCUGGGGGCACAUAACCUGCGUCGGCAAGAGCGGACCCGGCAGACGUUCAGGGUCCAGCGGGUCUUUAAAAACGGCUUCAACCCCUUGCGCCUGCAGAAUGACAUCGCGGUUCUCCAGCUCAGCAGGAUGGCCACCAUCAACACCAAUGUGCAGGUGGCCCAGCUGCCCGCCCAGGACCAAGGCGUGGGAGAAGGGGUGCAGUGUGUGGCCAUGGGCUGGGGCCAGCUGGACACGAACCGGCCACCGCCCCCAGUCCUGCAGCAGCUCAACGUGACCGUGGUGACAGCCCUCUGCCGCCCCUCCAACGUGUGCACCCUGGUGCCAGGCCGGCAUGCCGGCAUCUGCUUUGGGGACUCCGGCGGGCCCCUGGUCUGCAACAGGCUGGUCCAUGGGAUCGAUUCCUUCAUCCGAGGGGGCUGCGGCUCCGGGACCUUCCCAGACGCCUUUGCCUCCGUCGCCAAGUUUGCAGACUGGAUCAACUCCAUCAUCCGCCGCUACGGUGACGAUGACGGCCCCUCCCUCCACCCUAGGGACGCUGCGGGCAGGACCUGCUAGAAGGGGCUUCUCCUGUCACCCCACCUGACCCGCCCCUGGCUGGGCCCUUCCCAUGCAGCGUCAUGUGGCACCUAGCACAAUAAAAACCUUCUGUUUUGUAGAA